AUGUUUACAGUUAGAUGCAGUGCCCCAUUCACCCUUACAUCUACCGUUAUACUCAACGUUACACUCAUCGUUACACUCGCCUUAACGCCCACCGUUACACUCACCGUUACGCUCGCCCUAACACCCACCGUAACACCCACCGUAACAACCACAGUUACACUCACCGUUACCCUCGCCCUAAAGCUCACCGAUAUAUGCACCGUUACACUCACCGUUACACUCACCGUUUCACUCGCCGUUACACUCACCGUUACACUCACCGUUACACUCACCGUUACACCCACAGUAACACUCACCGUUAUUCUCGCCGUUACACUCACCGUUAUACUCACAGUUACACUCACCGUUAUACUCAACGUUACCCUCGCCGUUACACUCACCGUUAUACUCACAGUUACACUCACUGUUACACUCACCGUUACCCUCGCCGUAACAUUCACCGUUAUACUCGCCGUUACACUCACCGUUAUACUCGCCGUUACACUCACCGUUAACCUCGCCCUAAAACUCACCGUUAUAUGCACCGUUAUACUCACCGUUACACUCUCCGUACACACAACGUUUCACUCGCCGUUACACUCACCUUAUACUCACCGUUAUACUCGCCCUAAAACUCACCGUUAUAUACACCGUUACACUCACCGUUACACUCUCCGUACACUCACCGUUUCACUCACCGUUACACUCAACGUUACACUCACCGUUACACUCGCCGUUUCACUUGCCGUUACACUCACCGUUACAUUCACCGUUAUUCUCGCCGUUACACUCACCGUUACACUCACAGUUACACUCACCGUUAUACUCGCCCUUACACUCACCGUAAUACUCGCCCUUACACUCACCGUUACACUCAGCGUUAUACUCGCCGUUACACUCACCGUUACACUCACCGUUACACUCACCGUUAUACUCGCCGUUAAACUCACCGUUAUACUCACCAUUAUGCUCGUAUUUACCCUCACCGUUACACUAACAGUUAUACUCACCGUUAUACUCAACGUUAUACUCACCGUUACACUCACCGUUACACUCACCGUUACACUCACAGUUAUACUGACCGUUACACUCACCGUUAUACUCCUCGUCACACUAACACUUAUCCUCACCGUUACACUCGCGGUUACACUCACCGUUACACUAUCCGUUCACUCACCCGUUACACUCACCAAUAUACUCGCCGUUACACUUACAGUUAUACUCGCCGUUACACUUACAGUUAUACUCGCCGUUACACAUACAGUUAUACUCACAGUUAUACUCCCCGUUACACUCACUGUUACACUCACCGUUACACUCACCAUUAUACUCAGCAUUACACUCACCAUUAUACUCGCCGUUACACUUACAGUUAUACUCGCCGUUACACUUACAGUUAUACUCGCCGUUACACAUACAGUUAUACUCACAGUUAUACUCCCCGUUACACUCACUGUUACACUCACCGUUACACUCACCAUUAUACUCAGCAUUACACUCACCAUUAUACUCGCCGUUACACUUACAGUUAUACUCGCCGUUACACUUACAGUUAUACUCGCCGUUACACAUACAGUUAUACUCACAGUUACACUCGCCGUUACACUCACCGUUAUACUCACCGUCAAACUAACACUUAUCCUCGCCGUUACACUCGCGGUUACAAUCACCAUUACACUCGCCGUCACACUCAUCGUUACACUCGUCCUACUUCCAACCGUUACUCUCACCGUUACACUCGCUCUUACACCCACCGUUGCACUCACCGUGACACUUCCUUACACUUGCCGUCACACUGACCGUUACACUCGCCCUAACACCCACCAUUACACUCGCCGUCACACUCAUCGUUACACUCGUCCUACUUCCAACCGUUACUCUCACCGUUACACUCGCUCUUACACCCACCGUUGCACUCACCGUGACACUUCCGUUACACUCACCGUUACACUCACCGUUACACUCACAGUUACACUCACAGUUACACUCACCGUUACACUCACAGUUAAACUCUCCGUUACAUUCACCGUUACACUAACCGUUACACUUAACGCUAAACUCGCCCUAACACCCACCGUUACACUCACCGUUACCCUCGCCCUAAUACCCACCGUUACACUCUCCGUUAAACUCGCCGUCACACUCAUAGUUACACUCAGAGUUACACUCUCCGUUAUACUCACCGUUACACUUACCGUUACACUCAACGUUAUACUCGCCCUAACACCAACCGUUACACUCACCGUUACCCUCGCCCUAACACCCACCGUUACACUUAACGUAACACCCACCGUUACAUUCGCCCUAACACCCACCGUUAAUCUCACAGUUACACUUGCCGUCACACUGACCGUUACACUCGCCCUAACACCCACCGUUACACUCAACGUCACACCCUGCGUUACACUCACCGUUACGCCCGCCCUUAUACCCACCGUUACACUCACCGUUAUACUCGUUUUUACACUCGCCGUUACACUCACCGUUACACUCGCCGUGACACUCACAGUUAUACUCACCGUCACACGCACAGUUACAUUCUCCCUUACACUCGCCGUUUCACUCACAUUUAUACUCACCGAUACACUCAAACUAGUACUCGCCGGUAACAUCACAGUUACACUCACAAUAUCACUCACCGUUACACUCACCUUCAAGCUCACAGUUAUACUCGCAGUUACACUCACCGUUAUACUUAUCGUUACUCUCACCGUUAAGCUAGCCGUUACACUAACCGUUACACGCACCGUUACACUCGCCCUUACACCCUGCGUUACUCUCACAGUUACACUCGCCGUCACACUCACCGUUACACUCGUCCUACUACCCACCGUUACUCUCACCGUGACACUUCCGUUACACUCACAUGACACUUCCGUUACACUCACCGUUACAUUCACAGUUACACCCACAGUUACACUCACCGUUACACUCACAGUUACACUUACACUCUUCAUUACACUCGCCGUCAAACUCAGAGUUACACUCACAGUUACACUCACAGUUACACUCACAGUUACUCUAUCCGUUACACUCACCGUUACACUCAACGUUAUACCCACCGUUACCAUUACCGUUACACAUUCCGUUACACUCGCUCUAACACCCACCGUUGCACUCAUUGUUACACUCACAGUUACACUCACCGUUACACUUACCGUUACACUCACAGUUACAAUUUCCGUUACACUCGCCGUCAUACUCACCGUUACACUCCCCGUUACACUCGCCGUUACACUCACUGUUACACUCUCCGUUACACUCGCCGUUACACUCGCCGUCAAACCCACCGUUACACUCACCGUGGCACUUCCUUACACUUCCGUUACACUCUCCGUUACACUAACUGUUACACCCACAGUUACACUCUCCGUUACACUCGCCGUCACACUCACAGUUACACACUCCGUUACACUCACCGUUACUUUCACCGUUAUACUGACUGUUACACUCGCCGUUAUACUCACCGUUACACUCACAGUUAUGCUCGCCGUUACACAUACAGUUACACUCUCCGUUACACUCUCCGUCACACUCACCGUUAUACUCACCGUUAAACUCUCCGUUUCACUCUCCGUUACACUCACCGUUACACUCACCGUUACACCCACCGUUACACUCACAGUUACACUCUCCGUUAUAUUCUCCGUUACACUCACCGUUACACUCUCCGUUAUAAUCACCGUUACACUCUCCGUUACACUCUCCGUCACUCUCGCCGUUAUGCUCGCCGUUACACACACCGUUAUACUCACCGUUUCACCCACCGUUACACCCACCGUUAUCCUCGCCGUCACACUCAUAGUUCAACUCCCCUUCAGAAGCUAA